GAGAUGAGGGACAAAGGGAAAGGAGGGGGGAUGGAGAUGAAGGCAGAGCACAUCCUGUGUAGCCAUGACAUCAUCCUCCUGCUCACAUAUAUAUAGAGACUGGCCAGAGCAUCCCUCACAGUUCACUCACUUUGAAAGCCAGCUGAAGGCAAGAGGAAGCACCGAGAGAGAGCUCCUUCAGUGUCUGAGUGUGUGGACCUGCUUGUUAGAAGGCUGAGAGAAGAUGAGAGGAAUGAACCUCCAGCUGGUGUGCCUGACUCUCCUGGCUUUCAGCUCCUGGAGUCUGUGCUCAGAUUCAGAAGAAGAUGUGAGAGCCCUGGAGGCAGAUCUAUUGACAAACAUGCAUACAUCCAAGAUCAGCAAAGCAAGUCCUCCGUCUUGGAAAAUGACCUUGCUAAACGUUUGCAGCCUAAUAAAUAACGUGAACAGCCCAGCCGAGGAAGCAGGAGACAUGCAUGAUGAUGACCUUGUUGGCAAAAGGAAACUUCCCCUUGUUCUGGAUGGUUUUAGCUUGGAAGCAAUGCUGACCAUCUUCCAGCUCCAGAAAAUCUGCCGCAGCAGGGCCUUUCAACACUGGGAGAUAAUCCAGGAAGAUAUCCUUGAUAACGUCAAUGAUAAAAACGAGAAGGAAGAAGUGAUAAAGAGAAAAAUCCCUUAUAUUCUGAAAAGGCAGCUCUAUGAGAAUAAACCCAGAAGGCCCUACAUUCUCAAGAGGGGUUCCUACUACUACUGAGAAGCCAAUUCUUGACCUGUGAUUGUGAUUGAUUACCUGAUAUCUAGAUAUAUAAUUCUAUGUGUGAAUAAAUGUGACAGAACUUGAUUAUUUCAUCUUUUCCCACAAUUGUGCUUUAUUGGAUGUGAUUUUUCUUGCAUUCAUGUAAAUUGGAUGUGAUGUUUUCAAAUAAAUGUAGAUCUUGAGCAUGAUGUGUUCUGUAUAAUUUUAAUAGAUAAUAAUCAUAUCAUAUGUAGAACAUUUUGUCAACUUGCAAGAUAAGUUAUGGGUCAUACGAACAGUCAUGGCAUUUAGCAUGUUAUAGGAAAUUAUAAGAGAUUAUAACCAAACGGAGCAUCAUUAACCCAAAGCAGAACAAUGGUGCCAAUUUGAUUAUUUGAUUGCUUAUUAACUUAAAAAUAUAUACACUGCUUCCCAUAAACUGCUAGUUCAUCUCUCGCUACAAAGGAGUUACUAUCAUAUAAAGACUCAUCUGAAAGUAUUGUUAAUGAAACCUCAUUCUUUAUGCUUAUCUCGGUGUCUCUUUACAUGGAUAUUUUGCCUGUCAAAUGAAUUGAUAGCUAAUAAAAGUCAACAAGCCAUCAGAA